GAUAGCUCCUCCCCGCUUCGACACGCGGCUCCUAUAAAACACCGAGCGACAGCUUCAAUUCUUCUCCAACAAACACUGACUUCUGCGAACCUAACUUCUUCUAAAAUACAGACUAUCACAAAGGCAGCCACCUAAAAUAGUGUGCAUUGUCGUUGGAAGGCCUUGCCAAAGCUUUCCAUAAGUAUGAACCCGUUCAAUGGAAGUAACUACAGCCAACCUAUGGAGUUGGAGGACCUUCCCAGAGACGAAAAUCUGGCUAAGGCAGAGAUCGCGCUUCUCAGUGUGAUAUUCUUCAGCGCAGCCAUCCUCAACACAGGGGUUCUGAUGAUCCUCUGGAGAAGACGCAAACAAGUGUCCAGGAUGCGCGUCUUCGUGUUUCACCUCUGCUUGGCAGACCUGGUGGUUGCAUUCUUCCAGGUGUGCCCACAGCUCAUGUGGGACAUAACCGACCGGUUCAUCGGGCCGGACCUUGUUUGCCGCUUAGUGAAAUAUCUGCAAGUGGUGGGCAUGUUUGCCUCUACCUACAUGAUUGUGGCAAUGACCAUCGACCGAUAUCAGGCAAUCUGCAACCCAAUGGUCACAUUCCAGAGGAGGCGUGCGCGUUGGAACAUCCCUGUGUGCGUCGCCUGGACGAUCUCUCUUCUGGGAAGUCUGCCGCAGAUAUUUAUCUUCUCGCGCGUCCUGUUGGCGCCGGGUGUCCAUGACUGCUGGGCAGAUUUCAUUCAACCGUGGGGUCUAAAGACGUACAUCACGUGGACGACCCUUGUCAUUUUUGUCCUUCCCAUAUUCACCGUGGUGGUGUGUCAGGUGCGAAUCUGCCGAGCCAUCCAGAUCAACCUUUAUUUAAAGACGCACCAGGACAACGCAGGGGUAGCCUUCCCUCUACCUUCAAGAGCCAGCAGCGUGGCAGGUGUGUCCAAAGCUAGGAUCAAGACUGUGAAAAUGACUGUGGUUAUCGUGCUUGCCUACAUCAUUUGUUGGGCUCCGUUCUUCACUGUCCAGCUUUGGUCCGUUUGGGACACUGAUGCACCAACAGAAACAGCGACCUUCACCAUCCUGAUGCUUUUGGCCAGUCUAAACAGCUGCGCGAAUCCUUGCAUCUACCUGUUCUUCAGCGGUCAGCUACCUAAGAAACUGGUGACAGCUCUUUGCCAGAGGCACUCCGACAGGAAGGACUCCAUGCACGAUGAGGCUACAGCUGUCAGCUCGCUUUACAUGAGCUUUAAAAGCCUCUCCGACUCAAAAUAAUUCACGUAGUAAAUGAUCGAUAAUGGUGUGGGACACCAUGGAUAAUCAGGACAAAGGUCACAGCCACUGUCUCGAAGCAGUGCAGAUAACCGACCUUUUCCUUUCUAAUCUGACCCCUUGAUAUCAUGGUCAAGGUAUGCCAAGUGAACCAUCGAACCGCGUAAGCAUACCAAUGAAACCAGAAAUAGGUUGGAUGAGCCCUAAAAAAGAACGAGGGAGCUAAACAGAAAUGCGCUGUGAAACCUGGUGUUGCCAAAGCCACAGCUGAUGGAUAAAAUAAAGCCGUAGGAGCGGUGGCCGUGAAGCAGAGAAGACAGACAAUUGUGUCUAAAAUGGUUGUUCAGUUUAGUGGUGAAUAUUAUAUUAUUUUAAAAGAGUAUGAUACCGUAAUUGAAAAAAAAGUAUUCCAAAUAUCCCAUUUAUUUAGUGUGGGGUCAGAUGGCUGAGCGGUUAGGUAAUCGGGCUAUUAAUCAGAAGGUUUCUGGUUUGAUUCCUGUUGUGUCGCUGUGCAAGGCACUUCACCCUACUUGCUUCGGGGGGAAUGUCCCUGUACUUAAUGUAAGUCGCUCUGGAUAAAAACGUCUGCUAAAUGACUAAAUGUAAAUGUAUAUAUCCUACAUAGGCUUAUACACAAAAUAACUAAGCUACAGUGUACUGGCACAGCUGAAUCAGGCAGCUCAGGCUAUAGACAUAGGCCUAUAAGUAAAAAAACAAAACAAAAAAUACCAUAGGCCCUACCUACAAUUUACGCACUUCUUUGUCUAUUUUACGACCAGGAUUCAUAGGCUUUAUCUUAGUGAGAAUGUAGGAAAACUCCAGAAACUCUUGAACAAUUUACUUCCUGUUUGACCGGAUAAGUCUGUUGUGCAAUCCUAACAUGUUUUUCAACAUCAAUCCCUGUUUACUAAGACCAAGAGACCAAACACAAUACCAAUAUGCACACAGACGUUGACUCACAGUUUGUAACGCAUUUUAAAUUCCUUAAUUCAUUUCACAGCCUACAUUUAUUCAACUGUGGAACACAUUAACUACGUCUCAUUCAGAUGCUGAAUAGAAAAGCUAGAGAAAUAAAAGUUCAUGAGAAGUGGAACUGUUUCGUGCAAUGUUUUGUUUGUAUUAAUGGCGUCUUAAAGUGUCUGUGUGUAUUUAUAUGUUACAUUGUGUAAAUCUAGGUGCAUAUUAUACUGUAAAGUUUCAUCUUACUCUCUGUAUUGUAUUUUAUGAAGAAAGAUAACUCUCUGAAACAAUA